GCUCGCGUAGAAGGACAUUUCAGCGAUAAUAGAUGGCAAAAAGUUUCCUUACAGAUCGUUUGUAAAAUUUGUUCGUUACAUUGAUACAAAAGCCGUUGUAAUAUAACACAGUUAAACAAAUAAAAUAGUGUGCUUUGAUAUACCUACAGUGUUGCUAAAUCUAUAUAGAGUGGUUAAAUUCGGUGUGUAACGUGCUACUUAACAGGGUGACGAUGAAAAUGAAGUAUUUUCGGUUUUUAAUAUUAAAUUGUGUCGUUAGAAGCUCCAAAACUCUCUUAAACCAGUCAAUUUUAAUCUAAAUUCGUCGAAUUAAAAUAAAGUGAGGUUAUAAACGCGUGACAUAACGAGAGACUAAGGUAACGCGAUUGUGGUGACUUUCUUAGUUCUGCGGUGACUUUAAAGUUUCAAAUGAUGUGCUCAAGUGAUAACAAGUAUAGCAAAGUGUUGUAUAUGGAAUUGAUUAAUAGAUUAUCAGCUAUUUGCACGAAUAAGAUGGACAAUGUGGAAAAUGUGUUCGUUUCAAGCAGUAUUGGUUAUAGGGCAAAGAAUGACCCAGGGGACUGACAUACGAAAAAAAAAUGAUCUCUACCAUGAUUAUUUGACGUUUAUUUGAUAUUUUCCGAGGAUUUAUAGAUUUUUGUUUCAAGUAAAAUGACAUAAACCCUUUAUAUAGGAGAAAGCGUUAAAAAAGGAGAAAAUACAAAUUUCCAGAGGAUAAAUAAAAAAAAGUGAAAAUUCUACAGUGUUGCCAGCGUGUGUGCGGUGUUUUUCGAAAAUAAUAACUGACUGGAAAAUGUUUAAUAAAAAAGACAAAGAUUUCAUGUAUGUGAUAUUAUUUUUCGUGUGUUUUGAGUUUUUGAGGUUCGCGAUAAAAAAAUCGUGGUUCUGAUAAAUCGGUGUUUUUUGGUGUUUCUAUAAAUAAUUGAAAUGGACGAUUUUUUCGUUACAAUGGGUAAUGUAAUACGCGAUUUUUUUUCUUUUUCAAGAAAAAGUGUUGAAGAUGAUAAAAAGAGGAUGGAACAAGAGGUUGAACUACUCAAAGGUUCCGUUUCUCGGGAAAACCGGAUGUACAUCAAUAGAGAUCACGAUGAUGAGAUGGAGAUAUUUUGCUACAAGAGUAGCAAAAUUAAGACUACCCUUACGUACUUGUUUUUUGUAUUAACCGCGGGGAUAUUGAGGCUUUUGUAUCAUUGGAUACCGUACCUUUACCUUUACUCCACGUCGGUAAGAUGUAAGAUUCAAGAGGCUGAAACGAUAUUAGUUUUGGAGUUGUACAAUGGAAAACAUAAAAUAUACCAUGUGGAAACAAUUAAAGAGUUAACACCAGAUAUGGUGCAAAAGUUGUCGAAAAUACCUACAGAAAGGUUGUCUACAUUCCCUGUUCAUUUUGAAAACGGAAUUUUCAGAGAAGUAGAAAAAUUGAUAACGUUUUCUUGCAAAAAAGUCAUUUACAUCUGGGAUGAGGAAAGACAAGAAUUCAUAAAAUUAAGUGGUUUGGACAAUGGCGUUUCAUUGAAGAGGUUAAAAGAUAAUAAAGGUCUUACCAGUGAUGAGCAAGCAUUGAGGAACACCAUAUUUGGUCCCAACGAGAUAGAAGUUAAAGUAUCGUCUAUAUCGAAACUGUUGUUCCUGGAAGUUUUGAAUCCUUACUAUAUCUUCCAAAUUUUGAGUUUCAUAUUAUGGUUUUUGGAUAAUUACUAUAUUUACGCCUCGACUAUUAUUAUCAUGUCUGCUAUAAGUAUAGUAACAUCUGUAAGGCAAACUAGAAACACUGAGAAAAAGUUGAAGAAAACCAUACAUACAACUGGAAAUUGUGUGGUGUUGAGGAAAUUCGAUCGCAAUGAUGAUAAAGGGACUGGUGAGGGGUCUACUUACCAGUCAGAAGAGGUACUAAGAGAGAACUUAGUACCUGGGGAUGUAAUUGAAAUAUCCGAUAACAUUAUGCAUUGUGACGCUGUACUAUUAACUGGGAGCUGUAUUGUAAACGAGUCUAUGUUGACUGGUGAAUCAGUACCGGUUACCAAAACCCCAGUUGCAGACGAAGACAUAAUCUACGACGCAAAAGAGCAUGCGCGCCACACUCUAUUCUGCGGUACUAAAAUCAUUCAGUCGCGUAACGUACAAAACCAAAAAGUUCUGGCUGUGGUUAUACGGACUGGGUACUCUACCACUAAAGGUAGUUUGGUGAGGAGUAUUCAGUUUCCACCACCGGUAGAUUUCAAGUUCGAAAAAGAUUCGUAUAAGUUUAUUGGCAUGCUUGCUGUGGUGGCAUUUGGUGGGUUUAUUUACACUAUUGUAUCAAAGGUAAUGCGCGGUGGACACUUCAGAGACUUAUUUAUCGAAGCAUGCGAUCUUAUUACCAUCGUAGUACCACCAGCACUACCCACUGCAAUGACCAUUGGUCAGUUAUACUCGCAAAAGAGACUGGAGAAGAACAAAAUCUUCUGUAUAUCGCCGCGAACUAUUAAUGUAGCUGGUUCACUUAACUGCGUCUGUUUUGAUAAGACUGGUACUCUUACUGAAGACGGUUUGGAUUUAAACUGCGUGGUACCGAUUGAAAGCAAAGUCUUUUCGCCACCUGCUGUGGAAGUUGAAAAAAUGGACCAAAAAGACUUUGUGGUUGGUAUGGUCUGUUGUCAUUCUUUGAAACGAGUCAAGGAAGAGAUUGUCGGGGAUCCUCUGGAUUUGAAGAUGUUCAACAGUACCAAGUGGGAGUUCGAUGAGAUACCAAGUAUGGACAUGAUAGUUUUCAAGUCUCCAAAAGGGACUUCUGAUGAGGAUAGUUGUGAAAUCGGUAUAAUUAAAGAGUUCCCUUUCUCGAGUUCCUCGCAGAGAAUGGGGGUUAUAGCCAGUAGAGUGGAGGGGGAUUAUCCGCCACACUUUGAGUUCUACUGCAAAGGUUCACCAGAGAUGAUUUUGAACUUUGUUAGGGAUGAUUCCGUGCCUGAUAACUUUCAGGAGGUAUUUGAGGAUUACACUCACAAAGGGUACAGAGUCAUAGCGUUGGCUCAUAAACGUUUGACCACCACCAAGAUCACCAAAAUAAAAAAUAUGAGCCGAGAGGACGUUGAGAACGACUUAACCCUACUUGGUUUAAUAGUCUUGGAGAACAGACUGAAACCCAUAACCCAAUCGUGCAUUAGGUCGUUAAACGACGCCAAAAUAAGGGUGAUUAUGGUGACAGGUGAUAACAUUCUCACGGCUCUAAGCGUCGCCAAAAAAUGCGACAUGAUCACCGACAAUCAAAGCGUCAUAACGGUGAACACCGACAAUAAUAAUCCCCCGAAUUUAUAUUACACCUUAACCCAAACCAAGUCCUCCAAAAUGCCUAAAGACCACUCCAUUCUCUCCAACUCUGUGUCGGUGAACGUGGAAACAGAGGAGACUUUCAUAAACAGCGUCAAAGAGUAUAAAGAUUCGGUUAACUACAACAACUAUAGGUUUGCAAUGACGGGGAAAACCUGGGCGAUUCUAAAGGAGUAUCACCCAGAAUUACUGCAGAAAAUAGUCGCUAGAGGCAGCAUUUUCGCCAGGAUGUCGCCAGAAAACAAGCAGCAGCUUGUACAAGAAUUGCAAGGCAUUGGUUACAUAGUUGCCAUGUGUGGAGAUGGUGCCAACGACUGUGGUGCUCUUAAAGCUGCCCAUACAGGUAUUUCUCUGUCUGAAGCUGAAUCCUCAGUCGCCUCACCUUUUACAUCUCAAACAUCGGACAUUAGCUGCGUUGAGCAGGUUAUAAGAGAAGGCCGCGCUGGUUUGGUAACCAGCUUCGGAAUUUUCAAAUAUAUGGCUGCUUACAGUAUGUGUCAGUUCACUUCUGUGUUAAUAUUGUACAGCAUGGAUUUAAACCUAACGGAUAUGGAGUUCUUGUUUAUCGACUUGGGGAUUAUCGCCACAUUUACGUAUUUUUUCGGCAAGACUGAAUCGUAUAACAAGUUGGUUAAGGAAACUCCGUUGAGUAGUCUUAUAAGUAUCAUCCCGAUAUUCUCGUUGUUCUGCCAUAUGGUUUUUGUUGUACUCUUCCAAACUGCCUCAUUUCAAUACCUUAAAACGCAACCAUGGUAUGAACCGUUCAACGGUACUGGUAGAGAAGAUAAGGAUGAUAAUGCUUCCAUGGAAAACUACACUGUGUACACCAUAUCGAGCUUCCAAUACAUCAUACUAGCCAUAGUUUUCUCCAAAGGGAAACCCUACAGAAAAAGCGUUCUAACAAACUACGGCUUCAUCAUUGGGGCUUUAAUAAUGACCGUAACGUGUGUAUACAUGUCUGUUUGGCCUUGUACCUUCAUAACGAACCUGUUCCAACUUCACGUGGUGCCGGAUGUAUCGUUUAGGUGGACUUUAGUCGUAUUUGCAGCUAUAAACUUCACCAUUAGCAUGUUUAUGGAGUACGUGGUUAUAGACAACUACCUCUUCAAAAAAUACCACAAAAACGACGAAUCUAAAAGAAAAUACCUCGAGAUUGAAAGGCAGCUUCAAAAGGACACCAAGUGGCCUAUGCUAUCCGAUUAUAUAUCUGAAGCUAGCCCUAUGAUAGCUUCCCCAACUGCUACAGUUGAAAUUGUCUAUGAGAAAGGAAAGUUCGAGAAGAAUCAUGUGUUAAACAAACUCUACAACACCAGCGAUAGUCAGACUAGCUUAAACAAGGUGGGGGAUAAAUUGCCCAACGGUUAUCUCCCUAAUGGAGACAUACCAAGCCCUCUAAGACAAGUAGAGAACGGUUUCUACAGUCAGGACGAUCUUCAGUUCUCUAGUUUACCUUCAAACAAUUUCUCAAGCGAAAGCGGUACCUUUAAAAGCGUUACCAAUGGUACCAACUUCGACUUAGCCAACUCACAAGACAACAUAGCGGAUCUCCCCUAUGAUGACUAUCAAAAUACUAAAUCUACUGUAAGUCUAGAUAACGUGCUAUGUAAUGGGGUACAAUCUAGUCCAAUCAACAAGAAAUUAGAGUCUCUUAGGUUAGAUUUAUGAUGGCUGUUAUAAACCAGUGUUUAUCGGACCCUUACAAGUGAAUUUUUGAAACUAUUAUCAGCUUAAAGCUAGUCCAUUAAGUAUUAUUAAACUGUUUCAAACAUAGGUCAGUAUAGACAAUUAGUGAUUGGACUUAGUGAAAUGUAUUAAAACCAACGAAACGUUGGUUUAAUAUUGUUAAUAAUUGUUGGGACUUCAUUGUUACUUUUUUAUUUUUUUUAGUAUUAUUCACAUGUUACUUAAGCGUUUUACUUAAAUAAAUAAUUUUUUUUUUGCAAUUAGCAGAUCUGAAGUUAAUUGUUGUACUUAUCCAUAUUUAUUUUGUUUAGGUUACUUAUAUAGAAGAAUAAAUGAUUAGAUUUGGAGUUAAAUACAUGUUUUAUUUUUAUAUCCUACAUAUUUUUGGGCAAACUUAAUGAAAAUACAAUUUAUGUAAGUCAAAUUUAAUGUAAAAAUAAAUACAAUAUACACUCACAAGCCUUUACUAUAUUAUAACAAGAGUUAACCUAAUUUAUUAGUCAAUUUCCAACUUUCUGAAGCUUCCUUCAAUUAGUUCAGGAGUGAAACUUUUUUGCUUGUGUUUCGGUAAAACUCCUCCAUUGUAUUUUAUGUGUUCUUCUUUGGCAAAUUCUGUUUUGUUUUCGAUCAAAAUGUCUCUAAAUUUGUCACACAAAAUGUUCAAGUCUUCCAUUGUACCUCCAUAGGUCGAUGGGAGAAGAUCUAGAUCUAUAUGCGAGUGCAAUGUGGAUGGUUCUUUAUGUACAAAAAUCUGAAAUAACACAUGAAUUUUUAUUGGAGUGUUAUGCAAAUUAAUAGGAAGGUUAUUAACUGUAUCGUUAUGACCAUCUUUGAGAUCUUGUCAACCUUGGCGGAUAGCCUAACUUUAAAGGUGAAUGUUUGAAUGAUUUAUACUUUGAUUAAUACUUACACAUUCUUUAAUAUUUUUGUGAAACAAGUGUUUAAUAGACGCUAGAACUAUUUCUAUCAUGGGCAUGGGAUGAACAAUGUGCACAGUUUUAAUCCUAAAUGUGUAAGACUCCUUCAUGAUUGCACUAAGUGUUUUGAAGAACAUCAAAACUUUGGGUAAAUGUGCGGAUGUCAUGCCUUUGCAGUCGAAUAUCAUUAUUUCUCCACUAACUGAGUAAUCCACUGUAUAAACUGUAUCACCUUGAGUAAAAAUAAUAAUGUUACAAUACUACCAACAAUGUAUUAUAAUAAAUAAAGUACUUACAAACCAUAAAAGCAUUUUUGAGAAUUGCGUUUAUAUGAAAACUAUCCAAGUUGGGAUCUCUGAUACCAAAAAACCCUAGUCUAGCCCCUUCUUUGGUGAGUUUUGGUGAAAAGAACAUAUUUCUGAAAAAAUAAUACAGUAUUUUUCACCUUAAGUUUUUAUAUCUUUAGUUACAUUGUGUUGAAUGCCUGUAAACAUUGUGGUGAAUCGGGAACUCUUCCAGAGUAAAUUUCCGGGUAAUUAACUUUACAUAUCAAAUAAUUUUCUAUUUUUCUUUUGCUCCUCUCCAAAUUGUGUUUGGUAGUCCUUAUAUAGUUUCUAACACGAAUGUGAUCUAAAGAAAAAGAAAGAAAAAAAAAAAUGUCGAGGAAAUUUUUUUUCCUACUUACUUAUAUCAUUUGGUAUGGCAGGAUCUAACUUUAUCCAUUGAUGAAUCAAAUCCUCCAUAUGGGCAGUUUUUUUUUCAUCGCCCUGUAGUUCUUUGUUUAUCAUUUCUUGCUGUUCAGAGUUGGGCUCCUUGUAUAAAAGGGUGAGAUUUUUU